CCCGUCAGUGGUUAUUACCCAUCUCCUCAAAAGUGUCUCUGCCUGAAAUUUACAGUUGUUAUUUUUCGUAACCUCCUCGGCUAGCUAUUUUGGUUGUAUCCUUAAAGAUUGACGAAAGGGCAGGAUGUCAGGAUGGACGAAGGCCCAUCCCUACCAGAUACCCUGGUGCUGGAGAUCUUCCUGUGUCUCCCCCAUGAUGCAGUGCUGAGCGCUGGUCUAGCCUGCAGACAGUGGCUAGCAGUGUCCAGAGAUGAGUUCCUGUGGAGGGAGCUGUUCUACAGCUACUACCGCAUCCCCCGUGCUGUACCCAGACACCCUGCUGCUGUGUCAUGGUACAGGGAGUUCAAGCGUCUUUUUGACUGUAUUCCCUGUGUGGAGGUCCAGACCCUGAGAGAGCACCAUGACCAAGUCCUCCACCUGGCCUUCUCCCACCACGGGCACCGCUUCUCCUCCUGUUCCAAAGACUGCACUGUCAAGCUUUGGGACACAGAGCGACCCGAUGGCACCAUUGCCAUGGUGCAUAGCUCCAGUAUGCGCCAUUUCAACUGGGGUUACACUCAGUUUUCCCAGUUCAACGCUGAUGACACCCUGCUGCUGGUGUCUGGAGUUUACAUGGGCCCUCAUAACGCCUCCUCUGGGGAGAUCGCCGUCAUCAGCCUUGAGAACUACAGCCUUCUGUCCCGUGUAAGGAACAAGCCCUACGAUGUAUUUGGCUGCUGGCUUAAUGAAACCCACCUCAUCUCUGGCAACCUGCACUGGAUUGGGAACAUGACCUCCUGCUCUGUGCUUUGGCUUAACAAAGCCUUUCAGGACGUGGAGUCGGAGAACGUUAACGUGGUCAAACGACUCUUUAAGAUCCAGAACAUUAAUGCCAGCACUAUUCGUACAGUGAUGGUGGCCCAUUGCCGGCGCCACGACUCCCCAGACCUGCUGCUAGACUAUGAGGCCCAGUCCCAGGCCAGGGCCCAGUCUCAGAGCCACCAGCCCUUACUGUUUGACCUGGGCACUACUGAUAGUGACGAGGAAGAGGAGGAGGAGGAAGAGUGUCGGAGGGAGGUUAGACCACAAGGCCUGUUGGCAGCUCACCCGCCUCACCUCACCACUGGGCUGGAGCACGUCAUACAGGGUUGGCAUAGUGUAGAAUCAGAGGCCAGGAAGCUGGAGACCAGAUGGGCACAGCACAUGGGCAGAGCCCACACAAAGGCCCCAGACCCCAACGUGCUCUCUUCUGCCCCUGGGGAAGAAGAGGACAAGACCUACCUGCUCUUUACCACCGGUAGCCUUACCUACUCCCCCCACCAGAUAGGUAUUAAGCGGAUCAUGCCUGACCAGAUGACCACAUCCGGGCCUGUUCUAGGGGAGGAGCGCAGCGCAGACGAAUUCUUUGAUUCUCUGGACCAUGUGAUCGACAUCCACGGCCACAUCAUCGGGAUGGGCCUUUCUCCAGAUCACAGGUAUCUGUAUGUAAACAGUCGGGCGUGGCCAGCUGGCUGCGUGAUCUCCGACCCCAUGUCCCCGCCCCCCAUUGCAGAGGAGAUCGACCUGCAUGUCAUUGAUCUGAAGACUCUACGGGAGGAGAGGCGUAGUCUCAGGGCCCACCGAGCUUUCACACCCAACGACGAGUGCUUCUUUAUCUUCCUGGAUGUCAGCAGAGACUUUGUGGCCAGUGGUGCAGAGGACAAACACGGUUACAUCUGGGACCGCCACUACAACAUCUGCCUGGCGAAGCUGCAGCACGACGACGUGGUCAACUCGGUGGCUUUUAGUUCAUCUGACCAGGAGCUGCUGCUCUCCGCCAGCGAUGACUCUACCAUCAAGGUGUGGCGCUCACCACGCAUGGUCCGCAUGGCUCAGACAAACACCCGCCCUCCCCGCCCGCGCAACCUCCUCUCCUGGCUGGGCCGCACCAAGAGCACCACCUCCAACAAUGGGAAACCCUGAACACCCGAGGCAGUGUAAUCUGGAGAAACCCUUAAGUUGUUGAUGCACCAACAAGAUCUUCAUUACGAGCAGAUCAGACUGGCACUCAAUGUGUUUAGCUGCUCACAGUGUAGUACAUGAGACAUCACUAAUCGCCAAAGACAUGUGGGAGUUACACACACAGAGGCAAUUGAAACAGCAAUUUUACAGUGCUCUCAAAUGUCAUUUGUGAAGGUAAUGCCUGCAGGGUAAAUUGCCUUCAAGGUGAAGAUACACUCAUGGGGAAUUCUGCCAGUUUAGGGGGAAGUGACAUUCACAGGUUAUAACCAUCAUGUUUCCAAUCAAUGGACUAAAGAGACAUGGUUGAUGACUUCAAAAGAAAAUGUGUUCACUGGUUAUAACCAUCAUGUUUCCAAUCAAUGAACUAAAGAGACAUGGUUGAUGACUUCAAAAGAAAAUGUGUUCACUGCAAGAAGAGAUGGACGGUUGAUCAACCGAUAUUUCUUGUGUGUGUUGUCUGUGGUUUUUAAGUCAAGUGUUUAUAUAUAUAUAUAAUAGAACUCAGUUUCCA